AUGAAUAACGAACUUAACGAAGAAACUUAUGAGGAGGAAACCGAGGAAACUGAACAUGAACCUACACAUAUUCCAAUUCAAAGACUUGAGGAAUUUGGAAUUAACGCGUCGGAUAUUAAAAAACUUACGGAUAACGGUUUCCAUACAAUUCAAUCUGUAGCUUAUUCUCCACGAAAAGUCUUACUAAAUGUUAAGGGACUUUCUGAGGCCAAAGUAGAUAAAAUCCAAGGAGAAGCUUUCAAGAUGGCACCAAUGGGUUUUCUUUCUGCAACAGAAAUUCAAGCAAAAAGACGCGAUACUCUUUAUAUAACAACAGGAUCAAAAGAGUUGGAUAAACUUCUUGGAGGUGGCAUUGAGACCGGAUCAAUUACGGAAAUAUUUGGAGAAUUUAGGACUGGGAAAUCUCAAAUAUGUCACACAAUGUCUGUGGCAUGUCAACUUCCUAUUGAACUUGGUGGUGCUGAAGGGAGGUGUGUCUAUAUAGACACUGAAGGUACCUUCCGUCCCGAGAGAUUAGUUUCCAUAGCAGAAAGGUUUGGUUUGGUCAGUGAAGAUGCUUUGGAUAAUGUUGCUAUUGCAAGAGCUUAUAACACUGAUCAUCAGAUGACUCUUUUGCUACAUGCCGCUGCCAUGAUGGCGGAAUCGAGAUUUGCCUUGAUGAUUGUCGACAGUGCUACGGCAUUAUACAGAACAGAUUUCUCUGGUCGUGGAGAACUUGCUGCGCGUCAGAUGCAUUUAGCUAAAUUUUUACGAAAUCUUCAGCGUUUAGCUGAUGAGUUCGGAAUUGCUGUUGUCAUAACAAAUCAAGUAGUGGCGAGUGUUGACGGUGCUGCUAGUAUGUUUGGUGGUGAUACAAAGAAACCCAUCGGAGGAAAUAUCAUUGCUCAUACUUCCACGACAAGACUUUAUCUACGUAAAGGUAAGGGUGAAUGCCGAAUUUGUAAAAUUUACGACUCUCCUUGUCUGCCCGAAGGCGAUGCGACCUUUGCUAUUUCAGACGGAGGUAUUGUUGACGCAAAUGAUUAA